CACUAAAGGAGGUCUUAACAUCAUCUGUGUACCGUCUCCUUACACACACGCACGAUUCACAUAACCGUUGCAGUCUCACUUGUUCAGUCUUUAAGAAUGUCAUUGUCUGGAUUUUUGUUCACAUCACUUCUUAUCUUUUCUGCUCAUUUUCUCCAAACCUGCGCAGGCGGAGCUUUGGCUCAGGAGAAUCCUCCCUAUCCACAGCUGGUGCAGGUGUCGUCAGAUGUGUCCUCAGGCGUGGUGUUACGGUGUCUAGCCCCCCAGGGUCACGGUGGCCGAGUGUUUGAGCUCUACCACGUGCGCACACUCAAACUCUCGGUGCAGUUUGACACGGAGCACUCGUACGCCGACUUUCAGUUCAACACCAGCACUGCAGAUUCCGAGGAUAUCUACUGCUGCCGCUAUGACCACAGCAUGUUCAGCCUGUACACCAGGCCCACUCCUCCACCACGCCCGAACACACCCCCAGCUCCUCCUCAACUCUCGGUCACACCUCCAGAUGGGUAUGUCCGGCCUGGUCAGGUGGUGGAGUUCCGUUGUCAGGCCCCGCCCACCCUUGCUCCUGUGUCAUUUGUCCUCCAGAAACCACAAAACAUGAUCCAUUCCCAGAAUCCUCAGUUCAAGGUGGGGCCAGUGGGCGUGGCUGAUGGGGGCAUGUAUACCUGCUUCUACAUGUAUAACCUACCAGAGGGAGUUCAAAAGUCUGUCCCCAGCACACCUGUCUAUGUUAAUGUAGGAGUUAAGCUCCCAGCUCCGCAGUUAUCUCAGCGGGCAGAGGGGGCGCUAGUGUGCACCGGGUCACCCUCCUACCCUGGUGCUCAUUUCUCCCUGUUCCAACAGGGUUCCUCAUCACCGUUAGCAACACAACACGCCCCCAAGAUUGAACACACCGUGCAAUUCACUGCAUCAGGGCAGCACUGGGAAGGGAGCGGGUACCAAUGUCAGUACAGUGUGCUGCUGGGUAAAAACUGGACACAUUCUGAACUCAGCUCCCCCAUCCUACUGCAAUGUGUGACAGGAUCUCCUUCCUGCAGUUCAUCUUCUACAGAUAACCAUCCUCCACAUACAGGUUCAAUGGACCUGCCUUUGGUGUGUGGGUCCAUCUCAGCUGCACUGCUCUUCCUGAUGGUGCUCAUAGUCCUGGCCUUUGGGAUUCGCAAAUAUGCUAAAACAGCAGCCAAUAAAAGGAGACAAAGGGAACAGGAGCAGUUCUGGCAGCAGGUCCACUCCAGAGACCACAUUGUCGAUCUCACACUACAGAGAGUCAGCACUGGCUCCAAGGAGGAGGGAUUAGCUUCAGGGUUGGAGCCCAUCUACGAAUCUCCAAUCAGCACAUUCACCCGCCCACCUGGAUACUGACACGCUUGCUCGCUCGCUCUCUCUCUCUUUCUCGGCGACAGUGCAGCGUGAGAGCGCUACACCCACAGACGGGUACAGCACACCUAAAUGGGCGGAGCAUGCCGAUGAUAUGGCUGGGUUUUGGUUUGCAUGUAGUUACUUCAGUUUCUUUCUGACGCAAAGGCAAAAUGGGGUCACACACACACACACGCUGAUCUCUCAGCAUUUUCUCUUCCUUUUUCUGUACGUUUUUCCUUUUUAUUCGUCAUCAUCCUUUCAUUUAAUUACAUUCUUCACUCUUGUCCUUCUACUUUCUCAUUUAUCUCAUUACUUUAUCUCAUUUACUCAUGGUUCUCUCUUUCUCCUCCUUCAU